AUGUCGAUCAACCCUCAGACGCUGGUGAAGUCGACGGAGGCGGGGCGCGCGGGCCUGUGGGUCCUUCACGUCGGCUGUCCCGCGGCGGCCCUGAUGGACGGGCUGGGUUUGCAGCUUUCGGUACUCCUGGCGGGGUGGCAGUCGGGCGAAGAGGGCAGGGCAUUUGUGCCGAUCCCGACCAGGAGCAGCACGCCCGAGCGGUGCUGGGCCGGCGAGGGCUUCGCUGGUCAGGGAGAGGUCAAAAAGGCCGGGCUUCAAGUGAAGCUGGACAGGGCGGCGUCCGUCGACCGCGAGAUCGCGGCCCGCAGGUGCUCGGGGAGGCUCUUCACGACGAAGAAUUUCACCACGAAGCUGUCCAGCGAGAUGCCGAACACGAUCUCCAGAAGGGGCUCCCCCGCCGCGGAGCGGCAUGGCUUCGGCCAUCUCCUCGAAGUCCCCGGCGGCCGCUGCGCCGUGCAGGGCGCCGCCGCGCCAGCGCUCAUCUGCCUCUGGGCGCCGGUCGCGCGCGGCGAGGCCAGCGAGCACCCGUCUGCGCAUUUCCAAAACCACCCUUCGGCGUCGGUCAAGCCGCUGGCGCCGCCGAGCAAGUUGCUGUGCCCGAGGCUCAAGGACUCGUCGGAGGGUGAGGAGGAGGACUCCGACCUGGGGGCCACGGCGCACUCCAGGGAGGUACGAGAGAUCGUCGCGCUCUUGGCGGAGAAGCACGACUGGAACGUGAGCCCAGAGGUUGAGGAGUGCAUUGCCAAUACGGAUCUUCCUGCAUAUAGAGAAAUACUCAAGAGAGGCCACCAGCCGGAACCGGGAUGGGACGAAAAAGUCCAUGGUGCAUUCCUGGACGACAAGCGUGUGCGUCAUUUGGCCACUGGCGGGUGUGUUUUCGAGAAGUUGAGCGUGUACGUUGUCCUUGUACAGUUGUUAUUUGAAGGCUAUUGCGCGUGGGCAUGCGCCCCGCGUGCUUGA